AUGGCAGCAGUUGGUGGCAAUCGUGAUGUGGCGGGGAGCCAGAACAGCGUUGAGAUCGAUAGUUUAGCUCGCUUUGCUGUUGAAGAACACAACAAAAAGAAGAAUGCCCUUCUGGAGUUUGAAAAGGUGGUAAGUGCAAAACAGCAAGUGGUCUCUGGGACCUUGUACACCAUCACUUUGGAGGCAAAAGAUGGUGGGCAAAAGAAGGUUUAUGAAGCCAAAGUCUGGGAGAAGCCAUGGUUGAACUUCAAGGAGUUGCAGGAGUUCAAGGUUGUUGGAGAUGCAUCUGCAUAG